GGGACCAGUAAGAAAGUGAAUCGAGUGCAAUCUGCUGAAUAAAAAACAAUUUAAAUAUAUUUGUUACAAAAAUUAAAUCAUCAAACAUUUCUAAGAUUCAUCUUAUGUAGGAUGUUCAUUCAUCAUAUAUUUGUGGUGACGUUGCGAAAUCAAGAAUUUUUAUGUACCUGAGAGAUUAUGGGAGAUUUUAAAUCCACGGAUUUGUUCAUUGAAGAAUUGAAUAAUUACUCAUAUUAUGGACUACUGAACAGUACAAAUGAGUAUGACGGGCAAGAAGCCGCCACCACGCUCGAAACAUCCAUUGGACUUCUACUAGCUGUGUUAAGUAAUGUUUUCCAGGGCUUCUCCAUCGUCAUCAGGAGGCGGGGACUCCAGAAUAGCGCAAGGGAGGGCGGCGCCCGCGCGUCGCAGGGAGGCUGCGGGUACUGGACGUCAGGCGUGUGGUGGGGCGGCACCGCGGCGCUGGCGCUGUCACAAACGCUGAUCUUCGCCGCCCUCAUCCUAGCCCCGGCCAUCCUGGUGGCACCGGUCGGGGUGCUGCGGCUACUAGCCGCAACUGCUGCCUCCUCUUGGUUACUCAAGGAAAAAAUGCGAGGCUUCGGGUGGUUGGGCUGCUUGCUGGUGGUGUGUGGUUGCGUGAUAUUCAUCAUGAGCGCACCUAAGGAGCUGGACAUCGCGUCCAAUGAAGAAUACAACGAGCUCUUCCUCUCGCCAAGUUUCCUGUCGUAUAUAGGUUUUAUUUUCAUCAUGACCAUAGUACUAUUCAUACUCGCUCCCAAGUACGGAGCUAGGUACAUGAUUCUCUAUGUACUGAUUGAAGGAGGCAUGGGUACUCUGUCAAUAUGGCUCGCUAAAGGCGUUGGCAUUGGGUUCUCGACACGAUCUUUCUCGGAAUGGAUCCUCUGGGUAACGUUAAUUAUGCUCUUACUGUCUUUGGCUGUGCAGUUUUAUGUUAACAAUAUCAGUGCAGAUCUCUUUAAUGCAUCUCUAGUGAUGUCGAGCUUGUACGUUACUUUAACGACUGGGGUUGUUCUAGGGACCGUGGUCUUUUUUCCAUUGGAAGGGAAAUUACGAAUCGAAGACGGUGUCUUGAUGAUAUUUGCUUUCAUUGUCAAUGUGAUCGGCUUAGUAAUCAUGGUCAAAGGAAAAGACAUCGAUUUAAAUGGAAGAACGGGAGAUAAAUUGAUUAUAGAUCCAGAAAGGAGUUCUACCAUAAAUGUGAACACGGCUGGUUAUGAAAAUAGCGUUGAGCAUUUCGAUGGAAUAUACUCAGUGAAUUCACCAAAGUUGGAAAGAAACGAUAAUGAAUGUUGCGUAGAGAACGUCGAUUGUACCAUGAAUAUCAAAAACGCCACCGAAAUGUGUGUAAGGCCACCGGAAUAUGGGUUCGAAAUAUGCCAGUCAGACGCGCGGGAACAAAAUAUUCUUCCUGGGGGCUGUCUAAACGGAGCAUUUACGUCGCAAUAAAUAGCGGAAGUGUCAAAGAAAGAUAAUUUCACUACCCACCUUUUAUUUUGGAUCAGAUCUUGUUCAACUCUGUGCACAUAUUACAUUGAGAUACAGAGCAGAUCAAAAUAAUAUAUCUCCGUGGAACGUACAGGCAUAAGUUUUUUCUCAUUUGUCGAGUUGCGACGGCCUAACUGAAAGGAGGGGCAUUUUCAUCAACAUCAUAUCAUCAAGAUCGAUGAUACCAAGGUUUGUAACAUAGGCUAAAGUAGCUAACAACCAACAAUAACCUUCAACUUUCGAACAGGGUAAACUGUAUCACUACCGACACUACGUGAUCACAUGCGCAAUUCUCAGUAAAUUAAUCAAUGACUAAAUUGCAGUGAACCCUAUUUAAAAAAUUGCCUAGCUUGCAUUAUGUAGUUUAUUAUGUAGCUUAGAAGCUUUUAUUUAUUCAUUACGUGUAUGCGUCAAUGGUACUUCUACGUAGCGAUUAAAUUGUAUUGUUUUAGGUUAACGCUUGUAUAUAGUUGAGUAAUUCUUACUCGUUUCUUGACUAUUACUCUCUACCUAUAGCUAGGAAUGUAAUGGGUGAUUACUUGCAACCGCAUCACGUAGGAAGUAAAAUUGUGUAGGCAUGCGAGAUAUUUUCCAAAUUUGUUGAUUGUUAAAACUCAAGAUACUUUGUGAGUUCUUGGGCUGUAACAGGUAAAAUAAAACAAAAGACAAGCCAUAUACAAGAAUAGUAAAGAUAUUGGUGAAUAAUAGUAGUAGGCCAUCAGGUACUUGAAAUUAAUAUACAUUGUGCACAUUAUAAUAUUGUUAACUUGUUAACAUAUUUAAUUUUACUGAAGUUAACUUCUGAAUGCUAUAAACACGAAUUAACUCUGGAUUUGAAUAUAUUUUUCAACAUUAA